AUGUCGGCCCCUAGAGGUCCCUCCCGCGGUCGUGGUCGCGGCGGCGGCGGCGACCGAGGCAGAGGGGGUGGGGAUGCACCUGGUGGUCGCGGUGGUCGCGGUGGUGGUCGUGGCGGUGGCCGCGACUCAACCACCAACCUGCCCUUCCGUCAAAACAAUCCUAGAGGCGACUACAGAGGCCGUGGUCGCGGUCAGGACUCUGGCUCUCGAGGCGGCCGUGGUGGAGGUCGUGGUGGUGGCCCUCCCAGAGGAGGCUUUACCCAAGGUCCCGUUAUUUACUCUCCUGAGAGGCCUGUGUCUGUCAACCCUCAGGUUGAGAAGACGGAAAAUGCAGUUGCCACAGCUCUAAAGACCAAGCAACGCAGUGUCACUAGCUACCCCGAUCGACCGGGAUACGGCACGCGGGGUACCCCGCUCAUGCUCUAUGCCAAUUAUUUCGAGCUUCAGUCGGUUGGCAAGGAGCUGUUCAGGUAUUCUGUCGACAUUGCAGGCAACGCGUCGCCAACCGGCAGAAAGCUUCGCCAGAUAAUCAGCCUGCUGAUUGAAGAGCGCUUCGGAUCGGUGAAAAACAGCAUCGUCACGGAUUACAAGUCGACCCUGAUUUCACACGUGAAACUGGAUCUUGACUCCCCUCAAUACGAUGUCCGCUAUCGUAGUGAGCAUGAAGACGAGUAUCUGGAGAACCCAGACGUUUACCGCACUACCACCCAGUUCACGGGCACGCUCAGCCCUUCCGACCUGCUAGCCUAUCUGACCUCUACGAACCCCGCCGCUGCAUUCGGCUCCAAGUAUGAUACCUUACAGGCUAUAAACAUUGUUCUGGGACAUCAUCCUAAGACCAACUCGGCAAUCACAUCGGUUGGCGCCAACAAGCACUUUGGAAUUGGCCAAGGGCUUCAAGUGAAGGAAGAUCUUGGUAACGGUAUUGAGGCUCUGCGAGGGUUUUUCGUCAGUGUACGAACAGCCACCGCUCGUCUUCUCGUGAACGUUCAGGUCAAAUAUGUGGCAUGCUACCAGGCAGCUCCUUUGGGCUUCGUGAUCGACAGAUUUCGAGGGGGUAGCCGUGACCUGCACAAUCUAGGACGUUUCCUCAAACGACUCAGGGUGCGGGUGACCCACAUCAAGAAGAAGAACAAGAAGGGCGAAAUUGUCCCCAGAUUCAAGACUAUCAGCAAUCUGGCAACGCCGGCUGAUGGCAGAAACCUGCCCAUGCCCCCAAAGGUAUCCAAGUACGGCGCGGGCCCAAGAGAUGUUCUGUUUUUUCUGGAUGCUCCUGGUCAGCAACCCUCACAGCAGAGCAGCUCUGCGACCCCCAAGGGCAAGGGUAAGAAAUCUGUAAAGGCAGGGCCUGCACCGGCCGGGAAAUACAUAAGCGUGGCCGAUUUCUUUAAGCAGCAUUACGACCUGGACACCAGCUCUAACAUGCCGGUCAUAAACGUGGGCACGGUGGAGAACCCCAGUUACUUGCCCGUCGAGGCAUGUGAGGUUGAGCCCGGUCAGCCUGCUAAUUCGAAGCUGACGCCCAAUCAAACACGGAACAUGUUGAAAUUCGCGGUCCGCACGCCUGUAGAUAAUGCAGAGUCGAUAGCCAAUCUCGGCAAUAGAGUGCUCGCUCUCUCGCCGCCUAACUCUACUUUGGGAGACUUUGGAAUUAAAGCGGACCUGAAUCUGAUCAAGGUUCCCGGUCGACUUCUUCCGUGCCCUAACGUCUCGUACAGUGAACCAAAGCUGAUCACACCCCAGAACGGUAGCUGGAACAUGAGGUCAAUCAAAUUUUCCACGCCCGGCAGAUUGACCUCCUGUUCAUAUGUCUGGUUCACUGCCCCGGGUAAUAGAUACUUCCAGGACUCUAAGGCGGUUGAAGCUCAUCUUAAAGGGAUUAUCGGCAAGAUGACCCAGAUGGGUGUCGUGACAAGAGAUAUGAGUUUUAUUCCUGGGAAGCAGGUGAUGCUCGACCGUGACCCUCAAAAAACUCCAAAUGAAAAACUGGAGAAGCAGGAGAAGCAGGUUAAUCAGGCAAUUUCUGAACUUAUGGCCACUUCCCCCAAGCCUCAGUUGAUCUUUACCGUCUUGCCAGACGCAGACAGCGAGUUAUACAACAAGGUCAAGAAGGCAUGUGACAUCCACUAUGGCGUACGCAACGUCAACGUCCUCGCCGAUAAACUCAGCGGUGCCAACGACCAGUACUACGCCAACGUCGGUCUUAAAGUCAAUCUUAAACUCGGUGGUACUAACCAAACCUUGGAAAAGACCCCGCUGGGCAUCAUCGGCGAAGGGAAGACGAUGCUCGUCGGAAUCGACGUCACUCAUCCAUCUCCCGGCUCUUCUAGAAAUGCCCCUAGUGUCGCAGGCAUGGUCGCUUCUAUUGAUUCCUCCCUCGGCCAAUGGCCCGCCGAGCUCUGCGUCCAGGCGUCCCGUGAAGAAAUGGUCAAAGACUUGGACAACAUGCUGAAGGUGCAUCUCCAUCGCUGGGCCCGAGGCCACAAGAACAACCUUCCCGAAAACCUCAUCGUCUACCGGGACGGCGUGUCUGAAGGCCAAUAUGACAUGGUCAUCCAGGAAGAGCUGCCCCUUCUCCGGAAAGCCUGUCAGGAAAUGUACCCUGCCACCGACACCGCGAAGGGCCUGCCCCGUAUUUCAAUUCUCAUCGUCGGCAAGCGCCACCACACUCGCUUCUACCCCACUGACCCUGGUAAUGCCGAUAGAUCGAGCAACACCAAGAACGGCACCGUCGUCGACCGUGGUGUCACCGAAGCCCGUAACUGGGACUUCUUCCUGCAGGCGCACACGGCCCUCAAGGGGACUGCGCGUCCUGCGCACUACUUCACGGUCUGGGACGAGAUCUUCUUCCGCCAAAAGCCAAUCCCUCCCUAUCAAAAUGCCGCAGACGUACUCGAAGCCCUCACUCACCAUAUGUGCUACCUCUUUGGCCGGGCAACCAAGGCUGUCAGCAUCUGCCCGCCCGCGUACUACGCCGACCUGGUGUGUACCCGGGCCCGGUGCUACCUCAGCCACGUCUUCGAGCAAACCCCCACUGGAAGCGUGGCCACCGGCAGCGAACAGAGCUCGCAGGUCCGGGCCUCUGAUGUGACGAUCCAUCCCAAUGUGAAAGACACCAUGUUUUACAUCUAG